UGCUCAGCCCAUAUUAUUCACCGGCCUAGCCGGUGGCCGCAAUUCUUCAAUAUAUAUUCUGAUGUGAUGAGAAGUAACCGAAGGCAGAAAACAUAAGAAAAUAGAAAAGGAAAAGAACACCUGUUCUUUUUGGUGUUGCGUUUUCUUGGUUUAUCUGUGGAUUCUUCAUCAGAAUUAAUACUUAGGAAGUUUAUUUUCCUAUUUUGGCUUCGCGGGUGGGGGUCGCCGGCGGUUUUGACAGCGUUAGAGAUUUUGUUGUUUAUUAAAAAGAAAGAAUGUUUCUUUUUGAUUGGUUCUAUGGAAUUUUGGCAAGUCUUGGACUGUGGCAGAAGGAGGCAAAGAUUUUGUUCCUGGGGUUAGAUAAUGCUGGCAAGACCACUUUGCUUCACAUGCUCAAAGAUGAGAGAUUAGUUCAGCAUCAACCUACUCAAUAUCCCACCUCAGAGGAGUUGAGUAUUGGGAAGAUAAAGUUUAAGGCUUUCGAUUUGGGUGGCCACCAGAUUGCUCGUAGGGUUUGGAAGGAUUAUUACGCCAAGGUGGAUGCUGUUGUAUACCUGGUUGAUGCAUAUGACAAAGAAAGAUUUUCAGAAUCAAAGAAGGAGUUGGAUGCUCUUCUUUCUGAUGAAUCACUUGCAAAUGUGCCUUUCCUUAUAUUGGGAAACAAGAUUGACAUACCUUAUGCUGCCUCAGAGGAUGAGCUACGCUAUCACAUGGGUCUCAGUAACUUCACCACAGGGAAGGGCAAGGUUAAUUUGGCUGACUCCAAUCUUCGUCCGUUGGAGGUUUUCAUGUGCAGUAUUGUCCGCAAGAUGGGUUAUGGUGAAGGCUUUCAGUGGCUCUCUCAGUACAUUAAAUAGAAUACAUCAAGUGUGUGUUUCUAGACGAAUCUGCUCAUGUAAAUUGAAUGCUUGAAUAUGGUGAUUUUACUUUUUGUUAUGAAAUAUUUAAGCUUGUGUUGCUGUUUCUGUAUAGGUUAUUGAAAUUACAGGAGUAAUAAAUAAUGGCUUUUAAUGUUAUGUUUCACAGUGCUUUUCGUUCU